AUGAUUUUGAUCGCUCUAUUUUUUACUAUAUUUACAGUGAUAACUGUACGACUGUACAGGAAAGUCCUUCGCUUCCCUCCAGGACCCUUCCCUUUGCCCUUUAUCGGAAAUGCCCACCAAAUUGUCUACCAGGCAUGGAGCCGAGGCGGUACACUUCCAGCAUUGGAUUACUAUAGAAAGGUUCUUGAAAUUUGGACUGAGAUCUUCCAAAUUUGUCAACAUUUCAAAAAAACGGAAAUGCUUACACACUCUGGCUGGGUCCGAAGGCGCCUGUGAGCCUUACGGAUUUUGAAACAUCCCAAGAAGUGUUCGUAAAGCAGGGAAAGAAAUGUUAUAAUCGACAGUUGGCACCGAUUCUGGAACAUGUGACAGGUAAGGGAUUAAGAAUUGCUCUAAAGGUGGGGAAGUGCUCAGAAAAGUACAAAAAGUCAAAAACAAUUUCUUCCAAUUUUUCAGGAGGUGUUGGACUUUUAACUGCAAAUGGAGAAAACUGGGCUGAAAUGCGGAGGUUUACACUCAGAUAACAUCGAGGCAGAGGUAGAGCUUGAUCUUAUAUGA